AUGGUUCUCGACGAUACUUUCCGUGAGGAAAGUGGGAAUCCCAGGGGUAUUACCUCAACCGCCAAUCCUCAACUCAGCGAGAACCCCGCUCUCAUACAUAGCAAUCCGGUGCGCGUGCGGCCAGAGCUUCUUGUGAGGCCCGACCCUAUCACAUUGUAUCUCGGCUUCUGGGGUACCACGAUUUGGAAAUUAAGUCUCGCAGGGGAGUUGGCUCAUGAUGUUGAGAGAUUUUGGGUCGCAUCGGGUCGCAUCCCAACGCAAGACGAAUUCGAUGUCUUUACCGCAGCAGGAUCUCGAGCGAUUUACACCAAAGACUUGGCGUUCCCAAUGACUUAUUUUCUCGGCUCGUCAUAUCUAUUUUUGGGAGCACGCAAAUCGCCCUAUUAUCCCAAGAAACCCACGCUUGCCAACUUUUUCACUGGGCUGAAUGGGUUUCGUCUCAACGACCCGGCAGGUUUCAGGACAAUGCUCGGUCAAAAAUGCUUUAUGAUGCUUUUCAUCCUCACUACAAGCAGUCUCACCACGCGAUUUGCUGCGGCGUUUAGAUAUGCUCAAGAUUUGCAAGACCCGCGUUUGAGCGGAUAUAACUCAGCUAUGGAGAAUUCGACACCGGAAGAUAUACAAACGAGAAAGCGCGCACUUUCGAAUGAUCGCCACAGACGUAUGAAAACUCUCGAUUAUGGUUUUGCCGGUCGAAUUUUAGAGGACCUGGGCUAUACUCGCUAUGGUAUCACUGGCCAAGGAGAGAAGGGUCAGUCUAGGGAUGAUAGUGCCUCAUCAGCGACGGUUUCAUUCGAGGAUGAAACGGCAUACGGUACGAAUCCAAAUGGCCAGGAUGCCUCUGUCCCUCAGUCUUCGUAUGGCUCCGCGCAGAACUCGGGCAAUGGGUCUUCUCAAUCAGACUCCAAGUUGGACUUUUUCGGCUCUAACGACGAGGAUGAUGCAAGCCCUACUGCACCGGAAUACCGGAAUACCAGCAUGACUGGAACGUCCACGGGUAGUGCCUGGGAUCGUAUCCGACGACAGAAUUCAGCACAGGGCUCCCGACCAGCAGCACCUCGUCAAUGGGGCCAAGCACAAGCACAGAGCGAUACCGGGUCGACAAACGAUUCCCUUCCUAUUGAUCAGGAUCGGUAUGACUAUGAUCGAAGACGUGAAAAAGACCAAGCCCAGGCCGAAUUUGACAAGAUGAUGGAUGCGGAGCGAAACGCGUCGAGUGAGGGACCGUCCCGCGGUCGUAACUGGUGA